GAGAGAGAGAUAGCUGGAGGGAAGUAAAAAUAGUAAAAUCUAAAGAGUCGACAUGGCAGUGUAAGCCUAGAAAGUGUGCAGCUCUAGAAAAAGAAAAAGAAGUAAUGCCUGCAUGCUUGUCUCUGCACAGGUGUGUGCAGUCCAGAGGCAGUCUUGGAGUCGGGCAAAAACACAGAGAAUACUUCUCUACACCUGAGACUGGACAUUGUUAGCGAUCCAGGGUGAUUGUUUGGCUCCCAUGAUCCAUGCAGCCUUUAUAGGCAGGAAAUACAUCCACCAUUACUUGUGACCAACACACAGCCUGCAGUCAUGGAGAAACAAUUGGAGGAGCUGAAGCAGCAGCUGGAAAAGCAGUGUCUCAUCAACGAGGAGCUGCAGAGGCAAAACAAAGACCUCGAACAACGACUGCAGGAGAAAGAAACACUCUUAGAACAUCUGCAGAGUCAGUACCAUGAUCUAGAGUUUCCCACUCCAAGCAGUAAUGAGAUUGAUCCAGAGGUCAGGAAGAGCCGUGCGGCUGUCAUCGCCCCUGAACCAAUCCCUGAGACCCUGGAGAUUACACGCUCCAGGGUGAAGAAAACUGCCAGUGAGACAAAUCUGAUCGUCAAAUCCAUCCAGAAGAAUGACUUCCUGAGCCGACUGGAUGAUGAGCAAACAGCUAUGAUGGUGGACCUUUUAGUGGUAUCCAACUUCAAACCAGGAGAGGACGUCAUUCAAGAAGGCUCUGAAGGGGACAGCAUGUACAUAGUAGCAGCUGGUGAGCUCCGUGUCACACAGGCAGGCCGGGAGCUCCGCACUCUAACAACUGGAGAUGUGUUUGGAGAAUUGGCAAUCCUUUAUAACUGCAAACGGACAGCAACUGUCAAAGCAAAGACAACAGUCUGUUUGUGGUGUAUGGAGCGACAGACUUACAGGACCAUCAUAGCCAAUAAGUCCAAGAAGAAACGGGAGCAGCUCAUGGGCUUCCUAAAGACAUCUCGCACUUUGAAGGACCUGAAUGAUGCCCAGUUGUCUAAAAUCAUUGACUCAAUGGAGGAGGUGAAAUACCAGGACAAAGAUAUUAUAGUUCGAGAAGGAGCAGAAGGGAACACCUUCUACAUUAUACUCAAAGGAGAGGUUCUGGUGACUAAGAACGUAAAUGGGCAUCAGAAGCAGAUUCGUCGGAUGGGAAAAGGGGAGCAUUUCGGGGAACAGGCCCUUAUACGUGAAGUCCUGAGAACUGCCACAUGCACCGCUGAUGGUCCUGUCACCUGCUUCAGCAUUGACAAGGAGGUAUUUGAAGAGACGAUUCCUGUAGAGCACCUGGAGCUGUUUGAUGACUCUAAAGUGCUGCAGGAGGCAAAGACAACAGAAAAGUCCAGUCCCGUCUCUUCUCUGAGGUUUAAGGAUCUGGUUCCUGUUUUGUAUCAGGAGGGCCGAUAUCAAGGUGAUCCUGUCACGCUUGGAGUUGGAGGCUUUGGUCGUGUUGAGCUGAUGACCACAGUGAAUCAUGGGACUUAUUACGCCAUGAAACGAGUCAGUAAGAAGCACAUUGUUGCCAAGAGGCAGGAGGAGCACAUGCUGUUUGAGAAGAAGAUCCUCAAAGCCAUCCAGUGUGACUUCAUCGUCAGGCUUCAUGCAGCUUAUAAAGACACACGAUACAUUUACAUGGUCAUGGAGUUCUGUAUUGGAGGAGAGAUCUGGACCAAACUCAAAGAAGUAGGGCGUUUUCAGGAGCCUGUUGCCAUAUUCUGUGCUGCCUGUGUGGUGGAGGCCUACGCCUACCUCCAUAAGAAAAACAUCAUGUACAGAGACCUGAAGCCAGAGAACCUGAUGCUAGAUGCAAAGGGCUACAUUAAACUGGUGGACUUUGGUUUUGCCAAGGAGCUUGUGCGUGGAGAGAAGACCUAUUCAUUUGUUGGUACUCCUGAGUACAUGGCUCCAGAGAUCAUCAAGAACCAGGGACACGACUUUGCUGUUGACUUUUGGUCCCUUGGCAUCCUGGUCUAUGAGCUGUUGGUGGGAAGCCCUCCCUAUUCAAGCUCUGAGCCUCAGAAGAUUUAUGCUAAGAUUCUGGAUGGAGUGAUCAAGUACCCACCUUUUCUGAGUGAGGCAGCCAAGUCUAUUAUCAACAAACUGUCCAGACCCCGGCCUGGUCAGAGGUUAGGAAACACCAAGAAUGGGAUCAAAGACGUCCGACAUCACAGAUGGUUCAGCAGCAUGAACUGGCACAAGCUGCGAAUGGGUCAGCUCGACGCCCCCACUGUCCGACUCAUACGCAAGGGCCCAUGCUACAUCAACUUUGAUCGAUUUCCUCAGGAUCAGACCAAAGCAGAGGAGGAGUUCUCUGGUUGGGAUCGUGACUUCUGAUAUCUGUGACGGGAGAGAUGAUCACACGUCAGAAGAGCCAUGUCACCCAAAUUUAAGGCCAAACAGAGUAACCUCUAUUUAAGUCUAAACCUGUUAUUAGAAGGUGCUCAGUGUGUCAUGAAAAAGCCAUGCGUCACCCUUUUCAUACUAAUUAGUACUGUAUAGUAAAGGCUUACUUUGAGACUUUCAGGGAAGAUUUUAGACCAAACAAAUUCCCUCUUUGUGUACACCUCCUCGACCCCACAGCCCCCCCGUCUGUUUUGCCUAUAGCACUGUCAUUAAGUCCCCAGGAACAACAUCCCUACAUGGGUGGGACUGUCUCUCCUCCCCCAUGUGGUGGCAGCAAACUGUUAAAGAGCGGGGAAUUUACAUUAAAAAAAACAUAGAAGAAAGAGACAUGCUGAAAGAAGCUCGCCUCAGUGUAAACACAGAACUGAGAACAACAGACACAGAUGGAGUUUGACUUUUAAGUGACUACUCCACAACACUAUACAUACUUAGGUUAUAUUUGUCUCUUUAUAAAUAAACAGAAUUUUCCUUUAAAUCAAAGUGAAACUACACCACCUUGUAUUUGAAUAAUGAAAACCUCUCUGUGGCUGUAGGGAGACCACUAUCUCAGUGGCAAAGAUUUAAGUAUUAGGAGGUGUUGAAACAAGAUGUUCGAUCAUUCUGUUCGCAUAUUCAGAACAGGAAGGUUGGUGCGUGAUUAAAAAGUGCCAGUGACAUCACACAGAUAACACUGCUCAAUAAUCUGAAUGAAACACCACUCUCGAGUGGCCUGUUGCAGAGAAAAGCUGGAUCCCAAACUCCACCCUCAGUGACUCACAGACUUGAAAGCAUGUUCCUGAUAAGUGGGUGGGUGCGUAGUGGUGUCCCAUUGUGAAAUCAUCAAAUCUAUGAGGGCUCUGGUGUGAACUUCACAAUGGCAAAUUAUGCAAUUUCCGUGAGUUUGCAUAUCUGCAGACUUUCCUGUGGGGCUUACCUAGAGUUUUUUGCAAACUCACUGACGUGAAGAACAGGAUUGUUCAGCCUCUCACUAAAUGUAAGCAAAUGUAGGCUAUACUGAGGCAAUAUUCACUGAAUAAAAAUAAAAAUAAAAAAAUAGCAUGCAUGACCGUGAUAGCAAAACAAAGUUGAAGUUGGCAGUUUCUUACUUUUGUGGCCAUUAAUCCUGUUGUAAAUUUGGAGUUGUGUGUCUUUUUUCUCACUUCAGAUUGAGUGUUGGAAGAUUCAAACACUGUCAUGAAAAAAUACACGUUCAUACGGUGCAGGCUUUUUCCCUAAUUAUUUGGUGGCCUAACUAAUUCCAAGAAACAUAUGAUGAUAGUGUCUCUCAGUCAUUUUUAAAUCCAUAUAAGCCCCUCAUAAACUCAAGUUUGAGGUUAGAUUCUGUGCCUGGGCCUGACCUAACAUGCAACUUUUAUCCAAGUCAGGAAGGGGGCUAGGAUCGACCCUCUCCCAGGUCUGGUCCAAGCACACUUCACACACAUCUGUCAAAGGCAUCUGAUGGGGUCAAAGGAAGGGGUCUGGCUGCAGACCGUUCAUUUCUGACAGCCACUCUCACAGACAUCUGAGAUGCCAUAUAUCUCAGAGAGGAAAUACAUGCUAAAACUUUCAAAUUAAAAAGGAUCAAACUUCUGUUUAGGCGGGAGGUAAAGGUUAGGAUCCCAACGGUUAAAAACCUGACCUGCAAAAUCUAAUUAUAAAACGCCUAAUGAAGCAGAGUCAAUGGUCUGUUUACAGGAAAAAAGCCCGCCCACCAUGAAAACAUUCUAAUGCAGCCAGUGUAGCUUACAUUACUCCAUUUGCUGGGUAAGCUAUGCAGCUAACAUAGCUAUGUUACCUUCCUAUCUAUGUUUGCUAAAGCUCACUUUAUUAAAGCUAACUUAGCUACAAUGGCUUAUGUAGUAACCUUUAUUAUGUAGAUAGUGUAGACAUAGAAGCGUAACUACAUUUUACUUUAGGUCUUUUAGUUUUGGUUGCUGGUGGCCUAAUUUGCUCCAUGAGCAGAGGAAUUAGUAUGAAAAAAUGAAAUACAGCAUGCAGCUAUGCACACAAGUGGAGGGGCAAGAGAAAAAAACCUACCUGACACGAUUUGUUUCACACAUCCGUCCGGGAAACCUCCCACAGACAAUGUUUGGGAAAGGGCAGAUGUAAACUUCAUGGGCACGCUGUCAGUUCUGGUGUGAGUGUAGGGUUUUGUUUUGCUGCUAUUGAUGGAGUGCUGGGCCGCUGCAUUCGUACGCGCCGCCCCAUGCUACCUUAAUAGGUAGCAUUCAGUAGUUUCCUGUUGAUCAGGCAGUGUUCUGUUGCAGUUAUUGGCAGUUGUUGUUAGCUUUUAAGCUGGCCUGGAGUUGUAGUUGAGACUGAGACCUUUUU